UGGCUUUUUGCAGAAUUGUCAGAAACAAUGCCAACCGGGGUCACCGAUAGGAAUGUCAACAGCUUCAUUUUCGGGAAUGGGGUAAGUUCCCCCUCUUCUCCUCCCUCUUCCGCUUGCGCCCUGCAUUCUAUUUUCUACGCCUCUCCGCCUCCUUCUCCGGCGUCCAGCUUGGAUGGAAGGAGCAAUAUCCUUUCUUCUCCUUCUCAAUGCAAUCGGCACAUGCAGCCUGCUCAGUCAUACGGUUUGCUUCCCGAUUCUUUGUGCUGAUGGCAAGGCAAUCUCUCCGUUCUCCCAGCCCUUUCUGGCAGCCAAGCACUGGCACUGCAAAAAGGAGGUUUCUCCGUACCAUUGCCCACAGAGAACCCGAGUGGGCGAUACAUGGGACAAAAUGUGCGGAAGUUGGAAACUGAAAUUCGCGGCGACCAUUACAUGUAUAAAGGUCUUGGUCAGAACUCGCUGAUAUCCGCUUCUACCCUCCUAUUUGAUAACCCUGAUG